AUGGCUCCCCGACGCAACAUGCUCGAGGGACUCUCCCCAGAGAUCCUCGACCACAUCACCAAAGAGCUUCCUGCUUCGUCCCAACGCUCCUUGUCGAUGGUAUCAAAGAGUUUCAGAAAGCGAUUGGAGCAUCAGGUCUUUGCCUCCGUCCGCUUGCGGACCAGGGGCGAUACUUUGCGUUUUAUCAGUCACCUCACCUCGUACCCGUCCUGGCACUCGUUCGUGAAAUCUCUGACUAUCGAAAUCCCGGCUUGGGAAAUCUCCUUGGCUACUUCCGGCAAACUACGGCAGGGAAAGAAUAUGAAGAUGGAAGAUGAUCCAUCUGUCCUGGCGAGGACGCUGUACAAAGGCAUCGACUACUUCUCUGUGUUAUACAACCUGGAGCGCUUGGUUUUCAUCGAGGGAACCUACGACGAUCUCUCGAUAAUCGAGAUUGUUCUUCAAGCUCAGUUCGAUAAUCUCCAGGAGUUCUCAUACGCCUCUUCCAGCUCCAAGCACCCUGAUGCCUGCGACCUGGAUACGUUCUUAUGCCGCCACCCCUUCAUCAAGAAGCUGGAGCUCCCGCCUGCGCUAAAGCACCACCCGGGAGGACUGGAAUUACUCAACUUGACCAGCUACACCGGCUCCCAUGAAUUCUUCCAAGACGUGGUCUCGACCCCCGAUCUCAAAUGUGCCAAGCUCAUCGUCGCACGCAAGCCCUCUGGCACCGUUCUAAACGCAGACUGUAUCCGUUCUCUUUGGUUCAGCUGCUCCGUAAACCUCAGUAGCCUGGAAUGCUCUUUAGGGAAGACAGACACAUCCUACGACAUCCUGAAAUCCAUUGCAAGGUUCCUCCCUUACCUCGAACAUCUUAAAAUCAAGUGGGAUAACUCGGUGAUGGAGCCGUUCGAUUCGAAGGGCCGCAUUCGAGACUUUGGAUCCUUGUUAUCCCUUUUCUCCGAACUGAAGUCGUUCGACUUCGAGGCCUACUUGCCCCUCCAGAACGAGGCACCGACGAUAGGCACUGCGGAAGAAAUAGCAUCGUACUGUCCUUUACUUAUUUCUUGCGGUUUCCUGUCUGAAUGUUGGACGCGAGAUAAUGUCACGCAACCGUGGACCCAACGACAUCGCUGGAAAUGA